GAGAGCCAGAGAGCAGCAACACCCUCCUCACGCCUUGGAUCUCGCUAUUUCCCUCUCCCUUCUCCCUCCCCCAAUCACGCCCCACAGCAUGGAAUUUGAAUGCAAGACCUGCAACCGCAAGUUCUCUUCCUUUCAAGCUCUUGGAGGUCACAGAGCCAGCCACAAGAAGCCCAGGCUUGAUUCCCAAGCCCAGCCCCACAAACCCGAUCCCGCGAGAUCGGUGCACGAGUGCUCUAUUUGUGGCCAGCGAUUCUCUCUGGGACAGGCCCUCGGAGGCCACAUGCGAAAGCACAGAGCCGCCGUCACAGAGGAGGCCGUCCCCUGCUUGCCGGUUCUCAGGAGGUGCAACAGCAAGAGGGUGGUGUGCCUCGACUUGAACUUGACCCCUCUCCAGAAUGACCUCAACCUCCUCUUCGGAGACAGGGCUCCUCAGCUCAAUCUCUCCCUGUGCUCAAGAUUUGAAGGCAUGAAGAGGGAGAGAGAUUGCGAGAGAAUGGACGUGGCCAAUUGUCUGAUGCUGCUGUCUCACCAUGCUCGUCAAGAAACAAAAGCUGAGGGUUUAGAAUUCGAAUGCAAGACGUGCAAGCGAAAGUUCUCGUCGUUUCAGGCUCUGGGAGGGCACAGGGCGAGCCACAAGAGGGCUAAGUUGGAGGGUGGCGAACAAGACUUGAAAGCAGAGGCCAAAUCUCUGAGGUUAGGGAACAAACCCAGGAUGCACGAGUGCUCCGUCUGUGGCAUGGAAUUCUCGCUGGGCCAAGCACUCGGAGGCCACAUGAGGAAGCACAGGGCUGCUCUUCACCAUGAUACGCACCCAGUGGACGACGUCGUUGCCAGGGUCCCUGUUCUUAAGCGAUCCAAUAGCACCAGGGUUCUGUGUUUGGAUCUUAACUUGACGCCUCUCCAGAAUGACUUGAAUUUAUUGCUCGCAAACAUGGCACCCGCCUUCACCUGAUACAUUUGCCUUUGUGUUUAACCUUGUUCUGUAUUCUUUCAAUUCUUUACCUCACAGUUUUGUUCCAUGAAAAUAGUUUAGAUGUUAGAUCUUGCA